AUGGCGCCAAGACGUAAUGCUGACAUGCUUGUGAUAGUCGGAUCCGAAGAGAAGAUCGUGGGACCUUUGACCUUCCAUGAUCUUGCCCUCAUCAUCGCUGGCGCCGCUACUAUUAUCGCCUUUAUCGUGAGCUUUUAUUUGAUGUGGCAACAUGCCCUAAACUACACCAAGCCCCGUGAACAGCGACAUAUCAUUCGCAUCUUGUUUAUGAUCCCGGUUUAUGCCACCUCGGCCUUCUUGUGCAUAUGGUACUACUGGCAUGCCGUUUACUUCCAGGUCAUCAGCGAUUGCUACGAGGCUUUCGCCAUCGCCUCCUUCUUCGCCCUCAUGUGCCAUUAUGUGGCACCCGACUUACACGAGCAGAAGGAUUUCUUCCGAAAUAUGCACCCUAUACAAGAGUGGGUAUGGCCGAUCACCUGGCUCGCUAAGUGCAGUGGUGGUGAAAAGGGACCGUGGAGGACCCCUAAGAGCGGUCUGACGUGGUUUAAUAUCGUCUGGAUCGGAAUAUACCAUUACUGCUUCAUUAGGGUCGCCAUGACCAUCACGGCCGUUGUGACGCAGUAUUUUGAACGGUACUGCGAGAGUUCUAACAGUCCCGUUUUUGCCCACAUUUGGGUUAUUGCAAUCGAGUGUAUAGCGGUCACUAUUGCUAUGUUCUGCCUCAUCCAGUUUUACAUACAGCUGCGAGAACCGCUAAGCGAGCACAGGCCGUUUCUCAAGGUUUUGGCUAUAAAACUUGUCAUCUUCUUGUCAUUCUGGCAAACGAUCGCCAUCUCUCUCGGAACGUCUACCCUUCAUAUUGUAAACCCGAACGCCAUCCUCGCCUACCCCGACCUGAAAGUUGGUAUACCUAGUCUAAUGCUUUGCGUCGAGAUGGCGCUUUUUUCAGUCCUCCACAUUUGGGCGUUUCCUUACACCCCGUAUCUCGAAAGCGCUAAGACGACAUACUACCCGGUUUCUGAUCCGUCCCAGGGAGCGUCCCCCCGCGAAAACGAGCAUGGAGCCAAGAUGGGUGGCUUUAUGGGCCUGAAAGCUUUUGUAGACGCUCUUAACCCAUGGGAUAUCGUCAAGGCGUUCGGCCGUGGUAUGAGAUGGCUAUUUGUGGGGGUUAAGCGCCGCCGUGAAGACCCUAGUUAUCAGGCUAAGGCCAGUGAUAUUGACACUAGCUAUCCCAUGAAACCGUACGGCGCAGGUCGCCCCGGCGUGAAGAGUACGGAGAAUCUGCCAAUCGCUUCCGAAUUUCGUCGAAGUACGUUUGGCGUUGGACCCGGUGAUCCAGUCCCCGAGGAGAGCGCGGGAUUAAUCACCCACGCGCAGCCGAAUCCAGCUAAUCUCUCAAGGCGUCAACCAGACCCUUAUUCAGAGCCUGGCCCGGUACAAUUCUACGACUACCCCAACCCUCCAAUGGGUUACGCCGGCUACGCGUCCUACGACGACGUUAGAGGCGAUCUAGGAGCCGCAAAUGUGCAAUAUGAAUACGAUCCGAACGAAGCCCGCGGCAGCCAAGGUGGAAGCACAGCGGGUUGGAAUGGGCCACAUGGUAGAACUGGACCAGGUUCAAGAACCUCGACACAAGUUCGCGUCGGCAACGCGCUAUGGGGCGAUCGACCUCAGCCGGGCACUGCAAGAUAA